CUUUAGAUCAAGCAUUGGCAGUUUGAGGAAUAGGCUGCGCCGCUGGGGAGCCUUGUUUUUAUUGGGCUUCGGCUUCCCGGAUCUUCUGCAUCCGUUCCAUGACAAGCUCGUACUCGCGCUUCUUACCUGCUUGAUUGAUUAACAAAUUGAUAAGACCGAAACAAGUAAUCUAUGUGCAUAUGCCGCUCAUAUGCUCUGCCUAAUCAAUUAUACAUGUAAACAAAAUUCACCGCUCGAGGUGAAGCAAAAAUCAAGAGUCGGCCUUGUUUGGAUUCCCAUUUCUUCCCAAAAAAUUUUACACUUUGCGUUAAUGCAGCUUUCAAUCACUUUUUUUUCACCUCAUGUGUAUCGUAUAGUUAUAAUCUAUUUUUUCACAAAAACUCCAGAAAAUAGUAUCCAGACGGGCUAUUUGCGAUCUCAAAAGCAGCAGUCAAAAUGACUGAAGCUCUAAUAGAAAGGCCGCCAGAGUUGCUCCAAAUUAACCGGUCCAUAUCCGCUGCUAGUACAGCAAUGAUACUGAAAGAUGAAGUUGCAAUCUUGCUGCUGCUGCUAGUCUUCUCAUUGAAAUUAAUGUCUUAGCAUCCACAGAAUUUUCUCAAGUACCCCACAGCUUUCUCUUCACAGCCUCGACCACAAUUGCCAUGGUCCCCGCAGCUCUCCACUGCUCUCUUUUCUCAUGGCAGCCACCAGGGUGAUAGACUGAUAAACCCAAGAAUCUUUUUCUAUUUUGCUAGCUUCCAAGAAAUAAUUUCAAGCAGGAAUUUGUCCCUUUCCUUACCUGCCUCCAAAAAAAAUUAUAGAAAUUAUUCUUUGGAGUAUGGGAGUAUAGUAUAAUUUGAAUCAGUCUAAAGACUUGGCUUUUCCGACUUGGCAAGUCCACGCAGGAGUUUACAGUGACGGAGCCAUCCUCGCUUCAUUUUCCAAGGACCAAUAAUUCCUCCCACCUCAUCCUGCUAAUCCUACACCAGCUUUAAACCUAUCAUCUCCAUCGAUGUAGGAGUAAUCUUUGUUUUUUGGGGUACCCUCUUAAUUUUGCUCCAAUGUUUACUCUUCUUGUAUACCUCUCCUUUCUCUUCAAUCUCUUGUUCAUCAUCACUUCCAGCGAUACUCCGCCUUACAGCCCCAUAGAUUACAUCCUGAUCAACUGCGGAUCAUCCUCAAACGCAAACUCAACCGAUGGCCGGAACUGGUACGGCGACGCCGGCUCAAAAUUCACCCCUAAAGACAUGGCGAAUAUAUCAUCAGCUGUCACAGCCACCGAGCAAGCCCCUUCGGUCUCCGGAGUCCCUUUUUUAAUUGCCCGUAUCAUUCGUUCUAAUUUCUCCUAUACCUUCCCUGUCUCUCCCGGCAAAAAGUUCGUCCGCCUUUACUUCUACCCGGCCUCCUACUCCAGCAACUUCAACGCAAAUGAAUCUUUCUUCGCUGUCAUGGCUAAUAACUACACCCUUCUGAGCAACUUUAGCGCAUUUUUAACAGUUUCCGCCGGGGGAUUCUCACCUGCCUACGUCGUUAAAGAAUUCAUCAUUAAUGUUGAGGCGAUGAAUCAAUUCCUCAACGUUACCUUUUUGCCCUCUACGCAGUCCUACGCGUUCAUUAAUGGAAUUGAAGUUGUUUCAACCCCGGACGGACUCUACAUGGGCAACCAUGAUUUGUCCAGUAAUCCCCUCAAAGACGUGGAUUAUUCCAACAUUCAGUUCGAGUUUGAUCAGAACGACACUGCCUUCGAAGCUCUUUACAGGCUUAACGUCGGAGGAAAUGAUGUUUCUGCGUUAGCUGAUAGUGGGAUGUUCCGAGGGUGGGUUCCCGAUGACAACUUCAUCUGGGGCGGAGAUCAAGGGAAUCCAUUGAGCAAUAAUCAAAUUGCUGUCAAGUACACUCAGCAAACCCCAAAUUACACUGCGCCAGCGAUAGUUUAUACUACCGCAAGGGCGAUGGGCAAGUUUAGCACCCGAUUCAACUUGAGCUGGACGUUCUCUGUUGAUUCUGGGUUUAAUUAUCUCCUGAGAUUGCAUUUUUGCGAGAUUACCCCUGAUUUGAUUUCACAAGAGAACCAACGGGUGUUCAGGAUAUUCAUCAGUAACAAAACAGCUGAGCUAGAGGCUGAUAUUAUAACUUGGACCGGCGGCACCGGAAUCCCGGUUUUCAGAGACUACGUCGUGUUCGUUCCACACCCACCGGAUGGUCGCCCGAGCAAGCAAGGCUUGUUUCUUGCUCUGAACCCAAAUCUCGACGUCAAGCCGAAGUAUGCUGAUGCAAUCUUGAAUGGUUUAGAAUUGUUCAAAUUGAACAACAGCGACGGCAGUCUUGCCGGGACCAAUCCUGAUCAGCCGCCGGAUCCCAAUUCCCCGAUGCCAAACAGCAAGUCACCGAAAAAGGGGAGAGCUGUAAAAUCUCGGGUACUUUUUCCUAUCGUGGGAGGGGUGGUCGGAGGGGCUGCCUUGGUUUUGGUCAUCGGUUUGAUUUCCCGGCGGCUAAGGAGACGGGUAAAAGAUUUUGACCAGAAAAGUGCUUCAAAGUCAUCCGGGGUCCAACUUUCAACCACGUCCAGGUCAUCAAAGGCAACAAGUGCAUCGAGGUCUUCGUCACUGCCGCUGGAUCUUUGCCGAAGAUUUUCCCUGGAGGAGAUUAUCUUUGCUACGGCCAACUUCGAUGCUAAGUUUGUGAUCGGAACCGGAGGAUUCGGAAACGUGUACAAAGGGUACAUCGACAAUAGUCUAACCACAGUUGCUAUUAAGCGAUUAAAUCCUUCGUCAAGUCAAGGGGUCCGCGAAUUUCGAACCGAGAUCGAGAUGCUGUCGAAUCUAAGGCAUCUUCAUCUGGUAUCCCUGAUAGGUUACUGUGAUGAGAAGGGAGAGAUGAUCUUGGUUUAUGAUUACAUGGCCAAUGGCACCCUCCGCGACCACCUCUACAAAACAGAUAAUCCACCCCUCCCGUGGAAGCAACGGCUUCAGAUUUGCCUCGGCGCAGCCAGAGGGUUGCAUUAUCUCCACACCGGCGCCAAGCACAGCAUCAUCCACCGGGACGUCAAGUCAACCAACAUAUUGCUGGACGAGAAAUGGGUGGCUAAGGUUUCGGAUUUCGGUCUGUCCAAGCUAGGCCCCAGCGGUGGAAUCCACAGCCAUGUCAGCACGCAGGUGAAGGGGAGUUUCGGCUACGUAGAUCCGGAGUAUUACAAGAGACAGCAGUUGACGGAGAAGUCGGACGUGUACUCGUUCGGGGUGGUUUUGCUCGAAGUGCUGUGUGGGCGGGGAGCCAUUAUUCCCAACUUGCCCAAGGAGCAGGUGAAUUUGGCGGAGUGGGGCAAGAGGUAUUACGCAAAAGGGAUCAUCCACCAAACUGUAGACCCUCACAUGAAGGGCGAGAUUGCUCCUGAGUGUUUGAGGAGCUUUGCUGAAACAGCGAUCAACUGUUUGAAAGAUCAGGGGAUUGAACGACCCGGAAUGAAUGAUGUAGUUUGGAGCCUCGAAUUCGCGUUGCAGCUUCAGGAGGCGGCUGAAAAUAAGAGCGGUCGACGUCCAUUUGCUUUCCGUAUGCAUGGGUUGGGAAGAGAUGAGCAAGCUACGACUGAGGAUGAUGAGGAUGUGUUCUCAGACUCGGGAGUUGAGAAAGAUUCUGCCGCCCUGAUGAAGAGCCGUAGUAUUACGACCGGGACAUUCACGGCCAGUAGUGACAUGUUAAAGUCUGAUAAUGUUUUCUCCGAGAUCAUGAAUCCCACCGGCAGGUGAGGAUUGUAAUCAACAGAUUAAACCUCCAAAAAUGGACGUGGGAUAUUCAUGUCUCGGGAGUCUAGCGUGCUUUGUCCUUGUGCUAUUUUUUUUUUUUUGUCUGUAUUGGGCAACCUAUUUGUAAUGCCAAGAUAGUAUAUUUUCGGAAAUGUAAUAUUAAUUAAGAAAAGUAAAUAAAUAUUGGGAGUGUUUUUGAAAA